CGUGCAGUCGACUAGUGCGGUGCGAGUGUGUAGCGGAGUGCCUACAUACGAUUACAGGCGCAUUCAGAUAACUUGUCAGUUCACUCAACAGGUAGCGGUAAAGUUCACGUUCACGAUGAACAAUGAGGGGCCCGUUGCCGUCUCCGUGGCCAUAUCACCGGUCACAGCAGACCCGACCCGGACCGGCAGUGUCGAGGAAGACGAGGAGAUGGCUGCUACGGAGCGUGAACUCGCGGAGGACGCACAGUGGAAACGGAUUCAACAAAAUACUUUUACGCGAUGGGCUAACGAACACUUGAAAACGGUCAGUAAACAUAUUGGCAACUUGGAAACGGAUCUGUGCGACGGUUUGAGAUUGAUCACCUUGAUUGAAGUGCUUUCUGGAAAACACCUGCCAAAACACAACAAGCGUCCUACGUUUCGCUCACAGAAACUGGAAAAUGUAUCAGUGGCCCUCAAAUUUCUAGAAGGCGAUGAGGGGAUCAAAAUUGUCAACAUCGACUCAACGGACAUUGUAGACUGCAAAUUGAAGUUGAUUCUCGGCUUAAUAUGGACUCUUAUUCUGCACUACUCGAUAUCCAUGCCAAUGUGGGAGGGAGAAGACGAUACUCAGCAUGGAGAAAAGGGUGCAACCCCGAAACAGAGAUUAUUACACUGGAUCCAGAGCAAAUUGCCCGACCUGCCAGUCACCAACUUCACUUCUGACUGGAACGAUGGCCGCGCAGUCGGUGCCCUAGUCGACGCGGUCGCACCUGGUCUCUGCCCAGACUGGCAAGAUUGGAACCCAAAAGAUGCAAUUGAAAAUGCAACAGAAGCUAUGGGCUUGGCAGAUGAUUGGUUGAACGUGAGACAACUGAUCAAGCCUGAUGAAAUGGUCAGCCCGAACAUGGAUGAGUUGUCUAUGAUGACUUACCUGGCUCAGUACCCCAAUGCCAAGCUCAAGCCCGGAGCACCUCUAAGACCCAGAACCAACCCCAACAGUGUUCCUCCUCCAAGAGUGCGAGCAUAUGGUCCAGGAAUUGAGCCCACAGGCCCUGUGGUCGGUGCACCAGCCAUCUUUACUGUGGAAACUUUCUCUGCUGGCAAGGGGAAUGUGGAGGUUACGGUGGAAAAUCCUCAUGGAAAACUUGAACCUGUUGACAUCAGAUUCAACAAAGAUCGCAACUUGACUUACAGUGUAUCGUACACUCCUAAACUAGAAGGUACACACAAAGUGAGUGUCAAGUUUGCUGGAAGGGAGAUCCCCAAGUCCCCAUACUCUGUAUUGGUGGAAGGACAUGCAGGAGAUCCUUCGAAGGUCACAGCAUCAGGCCCAGGCUUGCAGCCUGACGGAGUCAUGAUUAACAGGCCUACAUACUUUGAUAUCUCAACUAAAGAUGCCGGGAAAGGUGUCCCAGAAGUUAUCAUCUUGGAUCCUGCUGGCCACAAAAAUACAGUCCCAGUCAAACUGCGCCAGAUCUCUCCCGAUGAUUGGCGUUGUGAGUACGUGUCUCCAGUCAUCGGUCUUCACUCUGUCAACGUGUUCUUCGCUGGUCAGUCCAUCACUGGAAGUCCCUUUGGAGUCAGAGUUUCUCCAGUUUCAGAUGCCAAAAGGGUGCGAUGUUGGGGUCGAGGACUGCAGCCCCAAGGUGUUCGUGUUGGGGAUGCUGCAGAUUUCCGCAUUUUAACUGCAGGUGCUGGGGAAGGUACCCCAGAAGUUCGCAUCAUUGGUCCAGGUGGUGUUAAUGAACCUGUGAAAAUAUCUAAAAUUGAUGGUACUACUUAUGAAGCCAUCUAUCACCCAAAGAAAGAAGGGAGAUAUGUGGUAAUGGUGACAUUUGCUGGCACAGAAGUUCCUAAAUCUCCCUUUGAAGUUAAUGUGGGUCCAUACAAGGAAACUGCCAUCAAAGCUUAUGGCCCAGGAUUGGUGGGAGGUGUGGUUGCGUAUCCUGCCUUGUUUACUGUUGAAACCAAUGGUGAAACUGGUACUUUAGGUUUUAGUAUAGAAGGGCCAUCUCAGGCAAAGAUAGACUGCCAUGACAACGGUGAUCGCUCAGCUGACGUCAGGUAUUACCCCACAGUUGCGGGCGAGUACGCAGUCCACAUUCUCUGUGAUAACGAAGAUAUUCCUAAAUCUCCUUACAUAGCUCAAAUCAUGCCAAAUACUGACUACUUCCCAGAAAAGGUGGAGUGUUUUGGCAAAGGUAUCGAGAGGGAUGGUGUGACCAAAGGCAAGCCUACAGAGUUCACUGUUGACACCAGGCGUGCUGGAUCAGCUCCCUUGGAUGUUCAGGUGUUGGAUGCAAACAGUAACAAUGUAGACAUGAACAUUCAGAACAACAAAGAUGGUACCUACACAUGCCGCUACACACCCAAGAUUGGAUCAAGACAUACAGUUCAGGUCAAUUAUGGAGGAGUAGCAACCAACCGAAGUCCAUACAGAGUAUUUGUAUCUCAGCCACUGAACCCUUCACGUGUGGAAAUAUUUGGACCAGGUGUGGAGGAGGGGGUCAAGUCAAAAACUCCCACUCACUUCAACGUUGACUGCCGUGAUGCUGGCCAAGGUGAUCUCAAAAUCUCAAUAACAUCUGAUGGCAAGACAGAGGUUCCUUAUCGGCUGAUCAACAAUGAAGAUGGCACCUACGUGGUGGAUUACUGCCCAGGGGCUCCUGGGGUGUACACUGUUACCGCCAGCUACGGGGGCAUUUCUGUGCCCCAGUCCCCUAUCAAAGUGCCUGUCAAACCUCAUGUGGACGUCUCCAAAAUCAAAGUUGAUGGACUUGAACCAACGGCUCCUGUCAACAGUUUACAGCAGUUCCGAGUGAUCACACAAGGGGCAGGCAAGGCAGAGUUUGCCGUCUCCAUUACGAGUCCUUCAGGGACCAAGGUGAAGGCACAUGUGAUCCCCACACAUGAAGGUUUCCUGGUCAACUUCACGCCAACAGAGUUGGGCGAGUACCUGCUGAGCAUAUCCUUCGGGGGUGAGCCGGUGUCACCCACUCCUUACAGAGUCACCUGUCUGCAUGACAGCGAUGCAAAUCGUGUGCAUGCCAGUGGUCCAGGCUUGGUGCGCGGUAUAGUGGGCUGCCCGGCAGACUUCAUCAUUGACACACGCGGCGCAGGCCAGGGUGCGCUCGGGGUCACAGUAGAGGGCCCCUGUGAGGCAGCCAUCAACUGCCGAGACAAUGGAGACGGAACCUGUUCCGUAGCCUAUCUCCCUACGGAGUCCGGGGAUUAUACUGUCAACAUCACCUUCAAUGACAGACACAUACCCGGCUCCCCUUUCCAAGCCAUCAUUCUCCCUGAGGCUGACCUCACUUCCAUCAAGGCCUCCGGCAACGGGAUUAUGCCUCAUGGAGUAUACGUAGACUCUCCAACUGACUUUGUGGUGGACUCUAGAGCUAUCAGCAAGGCAGAUGAUGGGAAGGUGACCUGCACCAUCACCAAUCCCUCUGGAAACUGCACAGAGAAUCUCAUUACUCCCCUUGCUGAUGGCACCUAUCGUAUUAGCUACACUCCCUUUGAGGAGGGCCAACACACAAUUGAUAUCCUGUAUGAUGGACUUCCUAUCCCUGGUUCUCCAUUUGUGGUGAACGUACGCCGUGGUUGUGACCCAUCAAAGUGUCGAGCCUAUGGCCCAGGUUUGGAACACGGGCUGGUUGACAAGAGUAAUGCAUUCACUGUUGAGACUAAAGGUGCUGGGACAGGGGGACUGGGUCUCGCCAUUGAGGGACCCUCUGAAGCUAAGAUGACUUGCCAGGACAACAGAGACGGGUCCUGCUCCGUGGAGUACCUGCCUACAGAGCCCGGCGAGUAUGAUGUGAGCAUCAAGUUCUCAGAUCAGCACAUCCCUGGAUCACCAUUCAAGGUAAAUGUUGAUGCUCCUCUGGACCCAACCAAAGUACAAGUGUAUGGCCCAGGAGUGGACCCAGAGAAUGUCAGGGAAAGAGUGCCUACCACCUUCAAGGUUGACACAACCAAGGCAGGAAAAGGCCCAGUUCAGGUCCUUCUACGAAGUGAUAGAGGACCUUUGCCCCAGCCUGAGGUGGUGGACAAUGGAGACGGAACAUACAAUGUCAGCUACACACCUCCGGCCGAAGGAUCAGUUGUUAAGGCCUAUGUCAAGCACAAUGAUAAGGAAAUUCCUCAAAGCCCAUUCCAAAUGAAAGUGAAACCACGCUGUGAACCCAAGAAGGUGAAGGUUUCCGGUCCUGCCCUAUCUGACAAGGGCGUGCCUGCCUCCAUCCCAACUGACAUUAUCAUUGACCCCACUCAAGCCGGCUUUGGUGAUCUUGAAGUCAGAGUAGUGGGUCCUGACAAUUAUCCUCGCAAAGUGAAGGUUGUGGAGAAUGCAGAUGGCACAUAUAAAGCGUCAUUCGUUCCUGAUGACUGUGGUCGGUACAAGGUCACUGUUAAGUAUGGUGGCAAGGAGAUUCCUACAUCUCCCAUCCCGAUACAGGCCUAUGCUACUGGCAGUGCGGAUGAGUGUAAGAUUACAGAAGGCAUCCAGAAGACGUUGUUGAGUGGUGAGGAGUAUUGUAUCACUGUCAACGCCAAGAAUGCAGGCCGAGGAGCAGUCACAUGCAGGAUUCGCUCCACAUCUGGCAGUGAUCUGGACAUCGACAUAGAAGACAACGAAGAUGGUACAUUUAGCAUUUACUACACAGUCAAGGACGCUGGCGAAUACACUCUCAGCGUUAAAUUUGGUGGUCAACCAGUACCCGAUGGCUUCUACACAUUUACGGCCGGAUCUGAAGAGUACAUUGACGAGGUCCGUGCGUCAACCACUCACAGCAGCAAAAGUGCUGACAAGAGUGUCAGUAACAGCUCCCGCACCCACCAGGAAUACCGGUCCGUGGUUCUCAACAGCAUCCCCUUACCCACUACAGGAGGACACGUCACAGCCGAAGUGAAGAUGCCUAGUGGUAAUGUGGACAAACCUGUGAUUGAGGACAACAGAGACGGAACUGUCUGUAUCAAGUACGAUCCUCGCGAGGAGGGCCUCCACGAGCUCUCUGUCAAGUACAAUGGUGAACAUGUUCAAGGAUCUCCAUUCAAGUUCCAUGUUGACUCCAUCAGCAGUGGGUAUGUGACAGCUUAUGGACCGGGGCUGACCCAUGGAGUCAGUGGAGAGCCUGGCAACUUCACCAUCUCUACCAAGGGCGCUGGAUCAGGAGGUCUGUCUAUGGCUGUGGAGGGCCCUAGCAAGGCAGAGAUUAGCUGCCAUGACAACAAGGACGGCACAGUCUCCGUGUCAUACCUACCUACAGCUCCUGGAGAAUACAAAAUUGCUGUGAAGUUCGGAGAGAAGCACAUCAAGGGAAGUCCUUAUGUCGCCAAGGUUACAGGGGAAGGACGCAAGAGGAAUCAGAUCUCCGUUGGUUCCUGCAGUGAGGUGUCUCUCCCAGGCAAGGUGACAGAAUCAGAUAUCAGAGCCCUCAACGCCUCAAUCCAGGCUCCCAGCGGCCUUGAGGAACCCUGCUUCCUGAAGAGACUACCAAUUGGAAAUCUAGGAAUCUCUUUCACACCCAGGGAAGUCGGUGAGCAUACUGUUUCUGUGAAGAAGAUGGGCAAGCAUAUCACCAACUCCCCAUUCAAGAUCAAGGUGGGUGACAAGGAGGUGGGAGAUGCCAAGAAGGUGAAGGUUACUGGCUCAGCCCUCACUGAAGGCAAAACCCAUGUCGACAACACUUUCACUGUUGAUACUAAAAAUGCAGGUUAUGGUGGUCUUUCACUUUCCAUCGAGGGACCAAGUAAAGCCGAGAUCCAGUGCAAAGACAACGAAGACGGUACACUGAAUAUUUCAUACAAGCCAACGGAACCUGGGUACUACAUAGUGAACCUCAAAUUCGCUGAUCAUCAUGUUGAGGGGUCUCCGUUUACAGUGAAAGUAACGGGUGAGGGCAGCAACCGACAGCGGGAGAAAAUCCAACGCCAGAGGGAAGCAGUUCCCAUCACUGAAGUGGGCAGUGAGUGUAAACUCACUUUCAAGAUGCCUGGAAUCACUUCAUUUGACCUGGCAGCAACCGUGACAUCUCCCGGAGGAGUGACGGAGGAUGCUGAGAUAAAUGAAGUGGAAGAUGGCUUGUACGCUGUCCACUUCGUACCCAAGGAGCUGGGAGUCCACACCGUGUCCGUCAAAUAUAAGGACAUUCACAUUCCUGGAUCUCCAUUCCAGUUCACUGUAGGCCCACUGCGUGAUGGAGGAGCUCACCGUGUGCAUGCUGGUGGCCCAGGUCUAGAGCGUGGCACGCAAGGCGAGCCUUGUGAGUUCAACGUGUGGACUCGUGAGGCUGGGGCUGGCUCGCUGGCCAUCUCUGUUGAGGGCCCCAGCAAGGCUGAGAUUGGUUUCAAGGAUCGCAAGGAUGGCUCCUGUUACGUCAGCUACACUGUUACAGAGCCAGGUGAGUACAGAGUCGGCAUCAAGUUCAACGACCAGCACAUCCCAGACUCACCAUACAAGCUUUUCAUCUCACCUGCGCAGGGAGAUGCACACAAGCUAGAGGUGGCACAGUUCCCUACCACUGGUGUGCAGGCCGACAAACCAGCGCAGUUCCUUGUCCGCAAGAAUGGGGCCAAGGGUCAACUUGAUGCCAAGAUUGUAUCGCCAUCUGGUGCUGAGGAUGACUGUUUCAUCCAAUCCAUUGACCCCGACACCUACUCCAUCCGGUUCAUGCCAAGAGAGAAUGGAAUCCAUAACAUCCAUGUCAAGUUCAACAGUGUCCAUAUCCCCGGUUCUCCAUUCCGCAUCAAGGUGGGCAAGGAGGAUGCAGACCCAGCGGCUGUCCAUGCCAGUGGCCCUGGCCUUGGAGACAUCAAAACUGGUGUGAAGACAGACUUCAUCGUAGAUACGUGCAGUGCUGGAGCUGGGACGCUGGCAGUAACUAUUGACGGUCCGAGCAAGGUUGCCAUGGACUGUACUGAGGUGGAAGAGGGCUACAAGGUGCGCUAUACUCCGUUAGUGCCUGGAGACUACUACAUUAGUCUGAAAUAUAACAGCUAUCACAUCGUUGGCUCUCCCUUCAAAGUCACCUGCACAGGUGAAGAUCUUCACUUAGCUGAGAAGGGAGCUCAAGAAACUUCCUCAGUGGUAGUAGAGACCGUUCAGAAAGUAUCCAAGAACAAGUCUCAAGGCAUAGUUCUGCCACUGUUCAAGUCUGAUGCCAGUAAAGUGACCAGUAAAGGAAUGGGUCUCAAGAAAGCCUAUCUGCAGAAACAAAACAUGUUCACUGUGGCUGCCACUGAUGCAGGCAACAACAUUCUGUAUGUGGGGAUCUACGGACCCAAGGGGCCAUGUGACGAGGUCUAUGUGAAGCAUAUGGGUCGUAACAACUUCACUGUCAACUACGUGGUCCGAGAGAGAGGAGAGUACAUAGUCAUCGUGAGGUGGGGAGAUGAACACAUCCCUGGUUCUCCCUUCAAGGUCGACGUCUAAAACACUUCCAUCUCAUCACCAUUUACCUUCAUUUUUGUCAGACUAUUUGUAUUUUUUUAGUUUUGUUGUUAAUUAUAUUUUGUUUAUUUUUAUUAUAAUUUAAUUUUGUUGUUGCUUUAAAUGUUUUAGAUUUUUUUAGAGUUUUGUUGAAAAAAUAGAUGAAACAUUUUGUAAUGCCAAUUUUAUAAAUCCAGACUUGCUCGUUACGUUUUACUUUAUAAAACAUUUAAAUUAGAAAUGUUGGAAAUUUUAAUUUUUCAAACAAGUUGUACUAACUUGUAUAUAUUACACAGUAACAAUGUAUAACUCUUUAUUUUAUGUUAGUUUUACUUCUAAAUAAGUGAGCAGAAAUGACCAACUCCCCCUAACCUGUCCUGAAGUCAUGUUGUAUCAUUUUUGUUCACAGUAAUAAAAUUAAUUAAAUUUUAUAAGUGACAUUGAAAUGAACUAGGAGCUAUUUUUUUGUUUUGUAACCAAGGUAAUAAUUGGUUUUCAUAAGUGUAUUUUGUAAUAGUCAUUGAAGGGAAGUGUGUAAAAAAGUGUGAUAGCCAUAAUUUUGUGUAAAUUAAACAAUACUUUAGUUGUACAGCCAUGUUAUAAUGUUCUUUUUUACUUGUUUUUUUUUUGUUGACAUAGUGAAUGCUUAGACCACUAAUAAUGUUGAAGCGCAUUCUUUUUUAUUAAUCCAAUAAGACAUUACUUAAUUGAUGAAGACAAUGUGAAUAAAUCAUUUCUUUUCAUUAUUUUAUAUGUAAAUGUAAUUUAGCUGUCUAUUUUCAUGUCAUGUCCUUCCUUAUAUGAAACAUAUUAUUUUGGCUCGACUGAAAGUCAAAUAUGAGUGAUUUGAUUGUUUGUAAAUUUUGAAAUCUGUCCCAACACUAAAUUCUUGCUAGUAGUGAAACAUUUUGUUUACAGUUCAUAUUAAGUAAGUUUCUUGAUUUUGGCUAUCAUGAACAGUAAAAUGUUUCAUUUAUCCUAUUAAUUUUAUAAACUGAAGUAUUAUCAGUGUUGUUAAAAUCUUUUAAAUCUAAGUUAUUGUUUAAGACCUAGGAUACGUUGUACUGAAAUCCCAGUUUUUAAAUAACUUGUCAACUCAUAAUACUGAAUGUAUUUGGAAACAAGUGUUAUGCUCAUACAUGUUAUUCUUUAAUUUUACUUUGCUGCUGACGUAAAGUUAAACACUUCCUUUAUAAGUUGAGGUCAACACAGCUCAAGGCUUAACCUUCUCUCUGUUAUCUGCUAUGUUCUUGUUAGGUUUUAUGACACUACCACAAAUGUGCCUUACAGUGUAGUCUAUAUUUCACUCCUACCAAGUUUAAUCCAUCAGCUUGGUUAAGUGGUGAACACGCUUAUCCAGCAGUCACAUUUUACUAAAGAUAAGCUCUAUCAAUUUAUUCAUGAAGCUUUCAAAAAUAUAUAUUUAUAUGACUGUGAAAUAUUUAUUUUCUUAUUUGUUCUACUAAUUAAUCAAAUAUAUUUUAUCUGUAAGUUCCAUAUUGUUUGUUUUUAUUUUCCUUUUAUUUUGCAAUAAUGUAGACUAUUUUUGAAUAAAUCUGUACAUAAACUC